AUGCCAGCCUCGCCCAGAGAUCCUCACACGCCUUCUCGUCGCCUGCUGUCGCGUAUCACCUCGCCCUUCUCCUCCAAGUCGCGCAACGUCACCGACUACUACAUCCACGUCGACGACCCCCACAAGCAGUACUCCCCCGGCGACGACGUCAACGGUGCCCUCCACCUGACGAUUGCGAAGCCCAUCCGGGUCACACACAUCGUUGUUUGCCUUCACGGCUUCGUGCAGGUGUACAAGAACCCCGGUGCCCCGCCUCCCGAUGGCUACCGCACCAACAGCGCCCACAUCGGUACUGGGAGAGGAGGCAGCAAGUCGGGCGAGUACUUCGGCAAUGGCUUCGCAUCACUGUUCGAGGACGAGGUGGUUGUGUGUGGAGACGGCAGGCUGGGAGAAGGAGUGUAUCAAUUCAAUUUCAACCUCGAGUUUCCGGACAAGGAUUUGCCGAGCAGCAUAUCUUUUGAACGAGGAACGAUAUCCUACAUGAUCACAGCGACACUGACGAGACCCACAACCAUCUCCCCCACCAUCCAAUGCGAUCACAAAGUCUAUCUCGUGGAGCGCAUAGACAUCUCCCAGCUAUACCCCCCAAAAGCCAGGACCAUCACAUUGGAGCCUCUCUCGCGAAGGACUAGAGCCAGAACGCAAGCGAAGAAACUGGUCGACAGCGAUAGGAAGAGUCGCAAGACUGAUUCGAAUUCCAACCAACCAGGUAGCGAACGUCGAGACAGCCAGACGUCUUCGUCACCUAGCUUACGUCCGGUUGGAGAGAGCAUUCACAGCCCAUCGCCGAGUGAGGUCAGUUUCGACAGCCACCUCAGCAGCAAUGGACGCAACUCGCACCAAGACUCCAACGCGACCUCCCCUCGACAGAGCGAUGGAGGGAAAGCCAACAACAGCAAGAUAUCAUUGCAUUCCAGGACCAUCACGGCCACCGUGGAAUCACUCAUGGGAGGCUGUCUUCGCGGAGACAGCGUGCCUGUGAAAGUCCAUGUCAACCACACCAAACAUGUGAAGAGCUUGCAUGGCGUCAUAAUCACUCUCUAUCGGCAAGCACGUGUCGAUUUGCAUCCUGCAAUCCCUCUAGGACCCACUGAGAAGGGCAAGGAAGCCAAGUACGAAGACUAUUAUCCGAAGUCGGUAACUGGGCUUGGCGGGUUAUCCUUGUCAGGCGCUGGAUCAAGUCAUCUCUUUCGCAAAGAUCUCUCCCAAACGAUAGUGCCGUUGAUUGUUGAUCCAAGCACCCUCACAGCCGAAGUUACAGGUCGGGUUCACAUGCCUGAGGAGGCUUUCCCCACAAUCUCCACUGUACCAGGGGCUAUGAUUAGCUUCAGGUACUACAUCGAGGUUGUGCUUGACAUCCAAGGAAAGCUUUCUUCUCAAGAUCGUAACUUGGGAAAUCUUGGCGGCUUGGCCAGCACCAUCAACACUGGGCAAGCGAGCGAGAACUUGGAUCGAGAAAGGUCGGCCACUAAUCCUUACGGCUCUCCCAUCAUCGACACUGCCACCGUCAGAAGAGACAAAGGUGUCGUCGCUUGUACUUUCGAACUCAUUGUCGGCACUCGAGACAGUGAAAGACGAAAAGGAAAGCGGAAAGUGGAGGUCGUACCGGAGCAACCGCAAGAAACGCCACAGCGGCAGUCAAACGGACUCCAGGCUCACGCUGAAAAUAAUGCGGCAUAUCAAAGCAAUGGUUGGUAUGGUUCAGAGCAUGGAUAUGACCAACAGUACUACAAUCUCAGCCCGUAUGCUCAGCAUGGGUAUCCCGUCUAUCAAGGCGGCUACAACAAUGGCUACUACGACCAGUACGGGUAUGCGUACCCAGAUGCAAGCUACACUGAACCUCCACCAGUACAUGUACCCGUUCCGCCAAUGGAAGACGAAUCGCAGCUACCAGAAAAGGAACGAAUGCGAAGAGCAGAGGCAAGACUUCUACCAAGUCAGCCUCCUGGUGUUGAAGAGGAACAAGCCACUGCUGGUGCCAGCGGCCCUACUGCACCGUACCUCCCCGAAGAGCAGCAUCCAGGGGAUUUUGCAGGGCCAAGCGCACCUGACGCCCCGCUUCUAGUACCGCCUUCGACACAAGCUGGACCGUCAACAAAUGGCGUGUCUUUGAUGAUGAACCAGGAUAUUGCGAGCAGCAUCCCAUUGCCGAGGACGCCAGUAUAUGAAAGAGCACCACAUGUGAAUGGAGUCCGGCCAAGUGCACCAGCAUAUGAGCCCAGAGACCCCAACCUGCUCUCGCCACAGAUGUCGUCCCAAUCGACGACAACGAUAGUGGCGCCGACCGACGACAAGCGAGAGCUCGAACGACGGCAACUACAACUGGAAGCAUCGGCGCCUCCUGAAGAUGCAGCCGGACCAGCACCUGUAGACCACGAGCCCAGCGCUCCUGUGUUGGGUGAAGAGGACGAGCUGUAUGGAGACAGCCAUAAUGACAGCCACGCGGAUGCGUCAAGCUCAUCUGACCUACCGCGAUAUGAACGAUGA